GCUAGAUAAGAUUUUAACAACUCUGAGCUAUUAGUUAAGUUCUCCCCAAGCGAGCUUGAUGGGCCGAAUGGCCUCCUCUCGUUUGUAUAGUUCUUAUGUUCUUAUCUUUGAUUCACAAAGGAACCUCCUUUAGCUGUUAAAACGGCAGAGAAAAUUCGAGGCAUUCUUUCUACAAUGGACAUUAAAUACUGCUCUGUUUUAUAGGAUUAAACAGUUAACUAGUGUAUCUAAAGUUAAAGGACAGCCUAGAAUUUGACUGUGCCAUCACCACACAACCAGUUAAUAUGAUGUAAGGCAUCUGUUACAUACUCUUUCCAUGUUAUAAAAGAAACUUGUUUUAUUUAACUUUUCAUUUAUAAUUUUUCAUCUAUAGUUGUUGACUCAACUUUGUAUUGCUUAAAAUGCUUAAUAAGAAUAAAAAAUCUGCAGUUUAUGAAAUAAUUGGAAAUGUGGUAAAAACCUGUGGUGUGCAAAAACUUUUUACUGGUAGUGUACUUUGUUUAAGUCACGUUUUUCUCAUUGAAGCAGCUGCUUACUCAUUACAGUUUGUGUGGUAAAUACUAAUGAUGGCAUUUCAUGUGAAUCUCACAGAAGCAGAUUAGUGUUUAUUUGAUGAUUGGUACACUGUGUGUUUAUGGUUGUUUUCAGUGUAAUUUUUCAAAAUUCACCAUUUCAAGUGGCUGAAAUUUUUAUCCAUCCGCUUGCCCAUCUUAAAACUGAUUCUUUUGCGCAGCCUCACAUCCAUGGACCAGAAGAUCCCUUAUGAUGAUUACCAGCUGCCGGUGGUGUUCCUGCCCUCCUAUGAGAAUCCACCAGCUUGGAUUCCUCCUCAGGAUCGCAUCCACCACCCAGACUACAACAACGAGCUGACUCAGUUCCUGCCUCGCACUGUGCUGUUAAAGAAGCCCCCGGGGGCACAGCUGGGCUUUAACAUCCGUGGGGGGAAGGCCUCUCAGCUGGGCAUCUUCAUCUCCAAGGUGGUACCAGAAUCGGACGCUCACAGAGCCGGGCUCCAGGAAGGUGACCAGGUUCUCUCUGUCAAUGAGGUAGACUUUCAGGAUAUUGAGCAUUCUCGGGCGGUGGAGAUUCUUAAGACUGCACGGGAAAUCCAGAUGAAAGUGCGAUUCUUCCCUUACAACUACCAGCGGCAGAAGGAGAGAACCGUCCACUAGACAGCCAAUGUGUGAAGGGGUUACUUGGCCACAGUGGAGUUGGAGUGACCUUGUUUUCUGUCGCACACGGACACUGUGCACUCGCUGUCACUGUGGCAGUGAGCCACAUCUUCUAACUCUGGGUUAAGGUGCCUGUUUAGCUCAUUAAGUGUUUGUAAAGAAACACUCUGGACCUCUGAUUCAUCUGAACUUUAUAUGUUGUUACUGCUGCCCUCUACUGGCACCGAGCUCAACUGCAUCUACCUUAACAAACAUUUAACGGGCAGGAACGGCACUGUGUAUAGACACAGGAAAGAAUUAACCAUUACAUUUAUUUAGCAGAUGUUUAUAUCCACAGUGAGGUGAGGAAUGCUUGGGGAUCAUGGAGCAGGGUCAGCUAGUGUCGCUGUAGUAGCUGGGCUUAAAGGCCUUGCUGUGCUGUUGUGAUGGACAAAUGAAGCUUCCCAAACCAUUUGCUGAAUUUCCUGACCCCACUAGCUGGCGCUCUCUGUACAUAAAAGGGCUCAAAGCAUGCCCCAAAGCAAGGACGCCAUCUAGUGGGGUCAAAAAAUACCGCAAUUAUUUUAUGAAGCUUCAUUUGCCCAUCACUACUGUGCUGUGUCAGGAUAUUAGGCAAAGGUGGACCAGGAAUUUAAGGACCUCCUGUGAAGUGGGAGCAGAUUACAUUCAGACUGAGAGACAAAAGAGGCUCCUGCAUGUUUAAGAGGACAGUACUGUCAUUAAGGUUGUGUAGUGUGUUUAUAGGGAGGGUUUGUACAGAUUCCUGCAACUGUGUGUAGCACAGUGGGGGUGUUUCUCCCUUUAUUAUUUAAAGAAAAAAAGAUCUGUUUUCCAUUCAGUUAUUGUAAUAAUUAAAUCAAAGGAAUAACCUGUGAAACCAUGUAACUUAGUGUUAAUUUCUCAUAGAGAGUAAGGCACCAGCUGGGAUCAUAAAUAAAGUCUGUUUGUUGCGAUA